AAAGCACCUCUUAAACCUAGAUCAAUUGCCACUUACUUCCGGUUACCUGUCAAAUAAGUUGAUCCGAUUAAAUUUCAAUUAAAGACCCUCUACUUUACAGGUUGGGACUAAUUGAUUUCUUCAGCUAUGUUUUUGUGUACAAUUUAGUCAAAUAUGAGCGGUAAAUUUGUCAGAAGUAUAUUUGGCGGACAAAAAUACGAGUACAAAAGACUGGGUGAAAUCCAAAAUGUGAAGAAGUCGAAAGUUUAUGUUUUUGGUGAUGAUGAUAUUGCUGAAGAAGAUGUUGUUGAGUUUGAGCUUAACAAUGUUCGCACCAGGAAAAGUAAAAGCAAUAAGGCAGCAGCGCAGGAAGAAGGUCCAGCCUAUGUUGAGAGGAGGCUGACUGAGGAUGACACAUUGCAGUCUGUAUCUUUGCAGUACGGAUGCCCUAUUUCAGAAAUAAAGAGACUUAAUAAUUUAAUCAGGGACCAAGAUUUUUAUGCCUUGACAUCUGUUAAAAUACCAGUAAAGCAACAUUCCUUCCUCGUUGAUCAAAUACAAGAUGAUGACAAAAAAUGUGGUGAAAAAUUGUUAAAAACAGUAACAAGAAGUCUUUCAAAUGGUUCUGCAUGCAUCGAAAGUGGUGAUGAUCAAAGCAUUUAUUAUGAUUCUGAAACUGAUCGUGCUGUGACUGACCUAAGUGAUCCUGAAACUCAAAAGCAGGUCAUUCGGAAAAUAAGCAUAAAUAAAGCGACCAGAAGUCAGACCACUGAAGCAGUAAAAUUUCUUAAAGACAUGGAUAAAGAUUUGUCUCAUAUACUAAAAACAACACGGACAGAAAGGAAUUCUUUGGAUGAAGUGAUCUCAGUAUUGACUCACAAGUCUGUGACGCCUUUUGUAAUGCCACAAAGAAAGAAGUCAAAAUAUUUAGAAUGUGUUAUAGAAUGGAAAACAACAGUUACUAUAUUGGUCUUAGUGGCAAUUGUUGUUCCCUUAGCUAUUGUUGUAUAUGUACUGUAUUUUAGGAAAUAACAAAUUUUUAUGUUUGAAAAAGAGAUGGUCAAGUGCUAUAAUUAUGUCACUUUUAUGUACUGAAAUAAUAAACUUAAAGAAGUUACGGUGCUCCAGUGAUGGGUCAAAAAGAUAUGUUGUUUUAAUUUCUAAGUGACAUUGAGGGGUUCAAGCAGCAGGCUGUUAAAUCACUCAAUCAUCACUUAAUCAUCCUUUCAUGAUUAGAUUUCUGCAAGAUUUGAGAAACUGGCAAAUGUGUUCUCUGAAAUUAUUAAAUCUUUGCCCCUUAUCUUUUUAAUAAAUGAGUCAGUUAUUACUGCUCUCAAAGAUAAUAAAUAUACAUGUUUUUAAAUUUAAGGCAUUUCCUAAACUCCUUAAAAUGACAUUAUGCUUAUCUAACUGCAAAUGGUGAGUGUACAGGUGAAAGUAAAAAAAAAU